AUGCUCAUUCCUAAAGAAGACAGAAAGAAGAUCCACCAAUACCUCUUCCAAGAGGGUGUCGUUGUCGCUAAGAAGGACUUUGACCAACCAAAGCACGAGGAGAUUGACACCAGAAACCUUUACGUCAUCAAGGCUUUGCAAUCAUUGACCAGUAAAGGUUACGUCAAGACCCAAUUCUCAUGGCAAUACUACUACUACACAUUGACCGAUGAAGGUUUGGACUACUUGAGAACUGAGUUGAACAUCCCAGAAGGAAUCUUGCCAUUGACCAGAUUGAAGGCUGCUCCAGCUGAAAGACAAAGACCUGGUAGAGCUGGUCCAGGUGGCAGAGGUGGUUUCAGAAGAAGAGAUUAA